AUGUGGUGUUCCGAGCGGGCUGUGUUCGGGCCGGUGGGACUGCCUGCAUGCGGGGACACGUGCUCGAGCGACGAGACGUGCAGCCCGCGUCUGCGCACGCCGCAGUGUGUGGCGGGCGGCGGCAGCGUCAAGCUGGGCCCGGGGGCGCGUAACCACUGCGAGAACGCCGUCGCCGCCCUCAUGGCCAGUCCGCUGCACCGCUGCCAGUGUAAGAGGGGCAUGAAGAGGGAGAAAAACUGCUUGAGCAUCUACUGGAGCCUGCAGCAGACCAUACUGCAUGGGUUUAGCUUGGUGGAAGCCUACCCCUAUGAGCCUAUGGAAAGAGGAAAUGAUUAUGUGCGUCUGGCAUCCAUUGCUGCAGAGUCCGAGGUGGGCAUGACGGCGGUCAACCGCUGCCUGGACGCGGCGAAGGCCUGCAAUGUGGACGAGGCGUGCCAGAAGCUGCGCACCGAGUACGUGUCGGCGUGCAUCGGAGCAUCCGCCUCCUCGACCCGCAGCGGUCAGCAGCCUUGCAACCGGAUGCGCUGCAGCAAGGCGCUGCGCAAGUUCUUUGACCGCGUGCCGCCGGCGCAUGCCCACGCGCUGCUCUUCUGCCCGUGCCAGGACACAGCAUGCGGCGAGCGCCGGCGCCAGACUGUGGUGCCCGCCUGCUCCUACGAGGAGGGCCCGGCCGCCGACAAGCCCAACUGUCUGCAGCAGCUGCGCGUCUGCACCGCCGACUACGUCUGCAAGUCUCGCUGGGCUCAGUUCCAGUACGACUGCCAGCCCUCCGAUCUCACCGCCAGCGGCUGCCAGCACGAGAACUACGGCAACUGCCUCGUCGCCUACACCGGACUCAUGGGGAGUACCAUCACUCCUAACUAUCUGGACAACACCACGUCUAACGUCGGGCCCUGGUGCUCCUGCUCGGCCAGUGGCAACCACCGCGAGCAGUGCCACGACUUCCUCAGCUUCUUCCACAACAACGCCUGCCUGAAGCGGGCUAUCUUGGCUUUUGGGAAUGGGACCGACCAGAAACAUGAGCCCAACCAACCAGGCGCGACCGUCCUGGCAACCACCUCGGCAACCAACAGUCACAACCGUCGACAGACAACAGCCAGCACCACAACUGCCAUCGCCAUGGAAACAGAGCAGAACAUCCUGAGCGCUCAGAUUCCCACACAGUUGAACGAGAGGAACAGGUUGUGGGGAGACGACUCUUCACCUCCAUCGCCAGGUCUCCCGGACAACGGCGCUGACUCCGCCCAUGGCCCCCUCAGCACCUGGCCCCUCCCCCUCCUUCUGCUACUACUGUGGCUGCACUGAGGCAUCAUGGGAUAGGAGCACAGUACGAAGCAGUGGACUUGGGAAGAGCAUGGGACAACUGCAGUGUGUGUGUGUGUGUGUGUGUGUGUGUGUGUGUGUGU